UUGCUUCCACUGCGUCAGUCCACAGGUACCGCAGACGACAGCCGCCAGUUACGACUCGCGCAGCGCCAAGAGGCGGUUUUGCUGUAGCGAGUACGGACGCACUCUUUUGUUCAGCUUCGGAAUGGCCGCUGUUUUUCGGAGUGUUUUCUUUUUUUCUCGGCUAAUAUUCGGUGCAGGGACGGCGCUUGGAUGCAACGUUACGGCUCGUCCGCGCCCCGUGCGCCUCCAGCGCCGACGCUGCUGACACGCGAACUGGCCCGGCUCGUUUCCUCGGGGGUUCGCUGCUCAUUUGCGCUCAGCUGGCUGCAGCAGAGGGUUCCUCUCUCGGGCGAACUCGCGGCGAGCGAGCGAACGGACGGGUCGGACCGCGUCCGACAGCCCCUUUGCUUGGGCCUACAGGCACACAGAGCUAGCUCGGCUUGAGCAAAUCUUCAACUACACCUUUACAACCUUUGCAGUCAGACAGAACGUCUAUCCAAAGGAUCUGGGAUUGUAUGCAGUUCAAACACAAAGCAUGCGGCCCAUAGAUACUAUAGUCCAAUUGCUUCAAAGGAUUUGUUUUUCCAUUACAUUUUAGCAAAGUAACAAACGUUAUCCAUAAACCUUUGGCUCAUAAGACCUUUAUUUUAAAGAUAACCAUAAAGGUGUGGGCCUGCACAGGGAUGUUUGUCUGUUCCCCUUUCUUGCCAAAAUAAGUAACCUGUCAAAAGAGACUCUCAUGAGCAACUCUGCAGGAGGCCCGAUAACGUCAACAUGAGUAGUACUUUAGGCAAAGAAAAAGACUUGAAAGAGAAGGACCCAAAAGGUGGUCCAGCAGGGAAAGAAAGGGAAAAGGAGGCCAAGGCUCUGGCCAGCUUGGUCAAGGAUGGUGGCAAAGACACAAAGACCAAAGGGAAAGAUGCCAAAGAAGGAAAGAAGGACACCAGCAGCUCGACACCAGGUGUUGCCUUCUCUGUGGAUAAUACAAUAAAGCGGCCAAACCCUGCACCAGGUACUCGCAAGAAGUCCAGCAAUGCGGAGGUAAUCAAAGAACUUAACAAGUGCCGGGAGGAGAAUUCGAUGAGACUGGAUCUUUCUAAACGGUCCAUUCACAUGUUGCCCACCUCCAUUAAGGAGCUGACGCAGCUGGCUGAACUCUACCUGUAUAGCAACAAGCUGCAGAGUCUGCCGGCCGAGGUGGGUUUCCUAUCAGGCCUAGUCACUUUGGCACUUAGUGAGAACUCUCUGACUAGUUUGCCUGACUCCCUGGAUUCACUCAAGAAGCUUCGAAUGCUUGACCUCCGGCACAACAAGCUCAGAGAAAUACCGGCUGUUGUCUACCGGUUGACAUCUCUGACAACGUUGUACCUGCGCUUCAACCGCAUAACAACAGUGGAGAAAGACAUUCGGAACCUUUCCAAGCUCACUAUGCUCAGCAUUCGUGAGAAUAAGAUUAAGCAGCUGCCCGCAGAGAUAGGGGAGCUAUGCAACCUUAUUACUUUGGAUGUUGCUCAUAACCAGCUGGAGCAUCUACCGAAGGAGAUUGGAAAUUGCACACAGAUAACCAACCUUGACUUGCAGCACAAUGAGCUUUUGGACCUCCCAGAAACAAUAGGCAACCUGGCAAGCAUUAACCGCUUAGGUUUGAGAUAUAAUAGAUUGUCAGCCAUACCCAGAUCUUUAGCCAAAUGUCGAGAACUGGAGGAGUUGAACCUCGAAAACAACAACAUUUCAGUUUUGCCAGAGGGCCUGCUCUCAAGUUUGGUGAAUCUGACAAGUCUGACACUGGCGAGGAACUGCUUUCAGUCGUAUCCUGUGGGUGGACCAUCCCAGUUCUCCACCAUCUACUCCCUCAACAUGGAGCACAACCGCAUCAAUAAGAUUCCAUUUGGUAUCUUCUCCAGGGCAAAAGUGUUGAGCAAACUCAACAUGAAGGACAACCAGCUGACGUCUCUGCCUUUAGACUUUGGCACAUGGACUAGCAUGGUUGAGCUUAACCUGGCUACUAAUCAGCUGACUAAGAUCCCCGAGGACGUCUGUGGGUUGGUCUCUCUGGAGGUAUUAAUAUUGUCCAAUAAUCUUCUCAAGAAGUUGCCACAUGGUAUUGGGAAUUUAAGAAAGCUACGUGAACUUGACUUAGAAGAGAACAAGUUGGAAUCUCUCCCUAAUGAAAUCGCUUAUCUUAAAGAUUUACAGAAAUUGGUGUUGACAAAUAAUCAGCUAACUACAUUACCCAGAGGCAUAGGCCACCUCAUCAACCUGACACAUCUGGGUCUGGGAGAAAACCUGCUGCAACACCUUCCUGAGGAGAUUGGUACACUGGAGAACUUGGAGGAACUAUACCUCAACGACAACCCCAACUUGCACAGCCUCCCGUUUGAGCUGGCCCUCUGCAGCAAGCUGUCCAUCAUGAGCAUCGAGAACUGUCCUCUCAGCCACCUGCCACCCCAGAUUGUCGCGGGAGGCCCCUCCUUCAUCAUUCAGUUCCUCAAGAUGCAGGGACCAUAUCGUGCCAUGGUCUGAGCGAAGAGCAGCUCAAUCCUAGGCUUUCUUAACUCCAGACCCUCCACUUGCUCUGUACCCUCUCGCCUGGCUGCCCCCAUUACGUGUAACAUACACUGUAAAGAAAAAUAGACUGGCCACAAUCAGUGUCAGGGGCAAACAAAAGGAAGAGGUGGAAAAUGCUUCUUUACUGCACUCGGGCAGAAAUGAGGCUAAUCUAUGGAGACCUGACUCCUGUCUUUCUCCAGAGUUUUUAAGGGUCAUUCUAAGACCCCAGCCACACUCGUCUUUCAUUCCGAAUCACAGGAAAAUAGGUCCAACUCUUUGCCAAAACUGAAGAUCUAUAGAGUCCUAUAAGGAGUAGCCGUGAGCUAAAUGGCAAGUCUUUAAACCAUAUAAAAUGUUGCUCCCUUUGCCAAUGUAUUUACAGUAAUUACAAGCAUCUAUUAUGUGAGCAAGGAUACAAUUGUAUGCAAAAACAAACGUUUUUUGAACUUCACAUUUACUGCUGCUGCCGUAAUUUUAACAUCAUGUUGUAUUUCCUUUUGAUAUUCCCUGUAUUUCUUUUCUUUUCAUUUUUUUUUUUUUUUUUUUUUUUUACGUCAACUUCCUCAACAUAACUUAUGUUAAAUUGCUUCUUGACCACAGAGAACAAAGGUCUAAUGAUGGAGUGUUUAUAUAUAUUUUUUUGUAUUUUUUAAAAAUUGUAUGUUUUUUAAAAACUGUGCCUAUGUUUAGAGUGAUCCCGUGGUUCAUUUCUAAACGCAAUUGUCCAUGAGAAUACAAAGAUAUAAAUUAUUUCAGUUUUUUUAUUACUGCUGUUUGAUCUUACUUUUUUUAAACAUUUUUUUUUUGGUUGUUGAAUUAUCUGUAAAAUUAAAUAUCAGUUGUAAAAUAGGCUGAUUGGAGAUAUUUUUAACAGCAGUAGUUGUUUGACGUUAGGUAGGGAUGUAUACAUAUGAGAAGCGCCAAUCACAGGCUUGGGGGGUGGGAGCAAGUUGGACUCGUAUCCGGCGGUGCUGUGACCACCAUCCACAUUGUUUAGCGUAAGAAAAAUGUAUUGAUUUUAAAAUGUCCAGGAUACUGAGGUGAUGGGAUAAAGGACAGAGAUGCUUUUAAAGGUGUUCUGUUUGUUGCCUUGAGUGCAAUUUUAAUUUGGUUAGUAUCUUCAGUGGUGGGCUGCACACCUGUCAUCCACUUGAUCACUGACCCACAUAUCAAGCGUUUUUAAAAAUGAUCGGGGUCUUUUGGUAAAGCUGUUGUGUACGAGAGCUUCAGAAAGGUUUCAUAAUAAAUCACUGUUAGGUUUCUCAUUGACACUUCCUCUUUUUUUGCCCAUAUCUUUCAUUUUAGCUUCUUUUUUUGACCAGGUAUGAGGUGUGUCUCUUAACACAAAUGGUUCCCUUCACUUAGUUUUGUCAUUUUAAAGUGAUAUCUUUUUUUUUUCUGUCCCACACUGUCCCAGCAAUGCUGCUGCUCUUGUGCACUUUAGGACAUUGCCAUCAUCAGACAAACACAGUAGCCUCUGAUUGAUUCUUUAAAGGAGGGGUUUAUCUUCACAAAUGUUUUAUCUAUUAAACGGUUUAUCAUGUAAAUUUGUAUCACAAAUAUAUUGGCUUUUUUUUAGACUCAAAAGAUAAUAGCUUUUUUUUCCUGUUAGAACUUGUUCUCUUGAACUGUAAAAUGGUCUGCAAGUCUGCACAACGUUUCAAAUUUCCCUGUCCUUGAUUUGUUCCUCAUUGCACCAGAAUGGCUCAUUGCAGAUUGGGUCAGCAUUUUUAAAUCCUUCUUUAUAAAUGUUUUCUGUUUUUUCUAAUGAUGAAAUGUGUAUUCAGUUUCAUAGCAUUAUUUUAAGUAACUCAACAUUAAAAAUCCUGGCAACAAAUUAAUUCAUCCAAACUUUUUUUUUUUUUGUUUAAUUUCAAAAAUGUUUUGCUUCCCAUCUCCAUAUGCAGUCACGGUUCUGUUUUGCAUUGAAAUGUGUGGGUCUACUUUAUGCAGCAGCAGCUCGGUGUGUUUUGUGUGGCCUGUGGCUUGGUCUCCUGAUGCCAAGUGCACCGUGGCUCACCUGAGGGUGUUGUCAGGUUUGAGGGGAAAUGUACCGCUGCUUCUUAUUUACCAGCAGAACCUGUUGCUGCUAUUCGCGGACUGAAACAUAUGCUGUUCAAGACGGGGGGGUGAGGGGGGCGGGGUCGUCAUCCACUCCCAACACUGAUACAGACUCCACUCAAUCUAACCUGACGGACAAAUCCACUGACCUUUCCGGUUUGGCAUCAGGCACAGUGGUUUUCUCACAGAUCAAAUCGUUCGGAGACAACGAUGAGACAACACAAGGUGCAUAUUUGAGCUUAACUCAGUUACAGUACAAGACUGUCAGAAAAAGACUUUAAAAAAAUUGUAAAAAGGGCUUUCUGUGUUCAUGCUCAACAACACACCGGAGGCAUUGCAUUCCUGGGUUUUAUAUAAAAGCUUUGGAAGUUUCUUUCUUGUGUAUUUACUUUUAGCUGUAAACAAUUGUGUGGAAAAAUGCCUUCAAAGUACUCAAAGGUGAGAUGUGCAUUAGGUAUGCAGCAAGGGCGCUGUGACCCAUCUUUACAUUCAGUCUCCUUUCCUUUUUUUUUUUUCUUGUGCCAUUUUGCAAGAAUGCUGAGUGUAUGAAGAUGCAGAGAAUGAUGGGAGGUGGCGCCAGAGACUGAACUGGGCUAAUCGACUGGAGAGCAUUUAUCAGGUCCUGAAAUAGUUUUGGUUUGCUGUGGAUUAGGAGGAGGAGAGGCAGAUCGGCUACUGGAAGCUGUUUGGUAAACCUUAUGAUGGCGUUAUAUUUGCAAACUGGUGGAUCCAAAUUAAUCCGAGUAAACUUGGUGUUUAUUUUUCUAUUGUCUGUGAUUUUAGGCCACGAGAGUGUCGCAGAGUCAUUUUCCUCCUCCCCCUCUUUUCUGGGAUCAUACAAUUUGUAUUUUUUUAUUUUCUUUGCCUGGUUAAUUUGUACAGCAAACAAGCAUGUUGAACACUUAUUUGACAUGAUUUGUCUGGGUCAGAAUUGGGUGUUUUUGCAUAGAGGAGUUAAAUUUAGUGGCUAUUGGUGUAUCUGCAAAUGCUCCCUUUUUGUAUAUUGCAAAGGGUAUCAAAGCAUUGUGUGGCAAUGCGUAUCCUACUUAAUCUACAUUGACAAGCAGCCUUAAUGGUCUUUUUUAUGUGUCUGGCUAUUCCUUGUGUCUAUGGCCACUGACUGUACUUGAUGACAAGCAACUGGUGGUUACAGUGUAAAUUUGGGUCUCGUUUUAUUUUUCCUUUGACUCUGUACAGUAAUCUGAUGUUAUGGUGGACUCGGUAUUACAACAUGUGUGACGUGAUGAGAGUUCUACAGGACAACAAAGAGUGCUAUGGAAGAUAAUGCCACUAUGCUACCAAGUGGAUGUACAUUAGCUUGCGUCUCACUUGUUACUGGCAUUAAAGGGGAUUUCCACCAAAACUGACUUGCAUGGUUUUCUUUUCUGCGAAAACUGGUUUUAAAGCACAACAGUGAUUUAACUUUUAAUUUUAUUUUUUUUUUUGGGAACAUUUAGGUGUGAAUGUUCAGUUUGUUGAACUUUCCUCCACAUACACAUUAGGCAUCUGUACUUAUGGAAGAAAAAUAGCUAUAUUCAUACAAGUCAUCAACAUUCCCCUUGGUUUUCUUACUAAACUGCGUGUUCCUCUUCUCCUGCCCUCUUAUCCUGGUGAAGUCGAGCCGGUUUUGGUGGAACGGCCCUUUUAAUGUGAAGCACCUGAAUCUUUCUCACGCGCUUGUUUAUAAUCUCCGUCUCUCUCAUUUACUUGACUGCCUUAUGUGCGCCAAGCAGAACCUUCAUGACCGUUUUCAGACAGAUAAUCACUUUUUUUUGUUCCUUUAAUGUCACUAAAGGGAUGUGAGGCCACGGAUUGAACAGGCUUAGAAGGUUUUGGCUCAGUGGUCUCUCGACUGGACGAGCAGUUGUGGACAUGACUACCUCUAUGUGAGUCUUCAUUGCUAUCGACGGUGUCCAAGGAGCAGUCUGAGGUGUUUUUUCCCGUGUACAUACUGUGCAAAGUCAGAUGCUGGUAACAGGAACUUGGCUUUUGACCAGCAAUUCAAUAAUUUGCUUUACUUAACUUGUUUCAGUUUUAUUGCUUUUGAGCAUUUUUUUAAGUAUUAUUUGGCAAAAGAGAAAAGAUGCACUCUUUAGCAGGCUUGGUUGUAGACCACAAACUCAGUCAAUGCCGCCCCAUUGUAAGAAACCAACAAGCCACAGAGUUCGACUUUGCAAAUGAAUGAAAUGACCAUGUUUGGUGACGUUCUGUAUGUAAAUACAUCUUUUUAACUGUAAUAAACUGAUAAAUACUGUAUUUACAACUUUA